AGAAUAAUCAGCCCAUGGGUGAAUCCAUUGGUGGUUGUUUUGAGCAGUGGACCUUCCAAUUUCUCCUUUUUCAUUCCACCAGGCAGUUUGGCUUCUGAGUAUAAGACUGGUCUCCAAUUUUCUCCAUAUGCAAUCAGCAUUGAGAACAUGAUCAUUGGCUUUCAUCGAUUCAGCAUGGGCUCUGUCAACUCAGUCAUAAUACUUGAAGAGGGCAGUCCUCCGCAGUUGAGAGCAGUCAUGAUGAGCUUUAUUUGGUUCUUCUUGGGUCUGUCAGAAUUUGCUCUGAUGCCAUUCUUUUUUCAUCCUGUCAUUGGAAAAUCGAAAGUAAUGUCAGCUUUGGGCAAGAAGAGAGCUAUCCUGGCAUCAGAACAUAGGCAACUCAUUACAUCAAUCCCUGGAUCCAAAAGACUUUGGGAAGAUUCCCUGAGAUCACCUGGGGACAGUUUGCCAUCCUCUGGAAGGAACUCAGAAGAGGAUGAUGAUGAAACUACCACAUUUGAAGAUGGGAUCAACCAGAAACUGAAUCAUGAUAUUCCAUAUAUAGGCAUGGAAUGUGGUGUUGUGGCUGCCUUGAAGAACAGGAUUAUAGCAAAGGAUGCAAAUUUUUAUCCACAUUGGAUGGACUUUGCAGUCAGGAGUGGCUAUUCAGCUGAUGUGAUUGUAGAAUGCAAGGCAAACCUCAGCCUUCUACUUCUAGGCAUUCCCAUCUUUUGCUAUGGGCUGGUUUACAAUGUGAAUGGCACAUAUUUUAUUGAUAUGGCUUUACGGAUGAAUGGAACAGUCUCAGAUACAAUGACUAUAGAACCAGAUGUCAUGUACAUCACAAACCCUGUGCUGAAUCUUUCAAUAGUUGUGCUGUUGCUAUUUUGGCUAAAUGCAAAACUUCAACAGUGGGACAUCUUGUGUGACCUGCUGCACAAGCUACAAACAGAUCCAGUGGUGCCUGGUCAGGGUGAGGUCAUGCACAUGCUGGUGAAUGCCAUGGAAGCUCAAGUUCAAGUAAUUCAUCUGGAGAUGGAACCAGAACCGAGAGCCCUUUUCAUAAGGAAUAAACUCAAGCAUCUGCCUGAUGAUGAUCACAGCUGGAUUGAUCCUUUCAGCUGUAUCCAUUACAUGCUUUCCCAGGAUAACAAGAAGCACAUCUUUGAGAUUGUUGUGCCAUUUCAUCAGCUCCGCGCAUUCUAUAAUGGAACCUUUGUUGAUUCUGGUUUCAAGAACAUGAGUCCUCCACACUUGAGAGCAGCCAUGAUGAGCUUUCGUUGGUUCUUCAUGGGCAUGUCAGAAAUUGCUCUGAUGACACUCUUUUUGCAUCCUGUGAUUGGAAACUCAUUGCAACUCCAGGUUGCGUUGACCGCGGUUUGUCUGGCUGGUUUCUUGUUUCUUGGUUAUUUGGCAAGUAAAUAUGCUUACUAUGCAGAGAGGAGACGACAGAUCAUACUGUCACCUGCCACUGGA